UUUUCCCCCUUUGGGAAGAACAGAGAAAGUAGUUAAUGAUCCCUGGCUGGAAAAUGGAAAAAAGACCUGCCAUACAAGUUGAGGGUAACAUUCGUUUCACCUUGUCUUGAGAGACUCAUCAGAUCAUCUGAGGAAGGUCAGGGGGACUCCAGAUUGGACACUUAAACAAGGUAAGCUAGGCCUGAUCUGGGGAUUUUUGCUGGUACUAGAUCACCAGGGCAAGAGUCAAUAGCCGAGAGUGGAGGUGGAGGAAAGAAAUGAAAAAUAUGGCGUCGACCAACAAAAGACGAAGCAUGCGGAUGAUGCUUAUGUGAGACAGCGAGGAGGAAUGAUUUAUGUAAAGGAAAAGGUCCAGAAAGUGGUUGGUAACUCAAUUUGAUCAAAGUUUAGAGAGAGCGAGAUGUAGAAUAAUUAUUUGGAUUUCAAUAUACAUUUGGAUAAUUGCCAGUGAUCCG